AUGCACUCUAUCCAAAGAAGUGAUUUAAAGCGGAAGCGUGCACGUGAUGACGGCGACGACGAAUUGGCAGAGCCGGGACUUCAACGGCAGAUCCUACCGAUUGCAGCUCAUUUGAGGGCCGACUUCCACGGCGAGCCCCAGGACGGAAUGGAAUACUUGUUUACCGUUCGGCGUGCCUCUUCCCAACUUCCGUGGAUGACUAUUGCGCCAUCCAUUCCGGCUCCUCCGAAGGUUGCCACAGCAUCGUGGGUGCAGCAUGCCAAAGCUGUCAAGGCCCAGGUCAAUCGCGCCCCUGCACCCGCAACUGUUUUGGACGAUACUGGGGGUGACGAAGGCAGCCGUCGCCUGCCAGAUGAAGAAUGGAAGAACGCGUUCGUCACAGGUUUCAACAGAUUUCGACAGAACAUACAACAACCCACAAUAUAUGUGGGCUCCACACCGACGCCAAGAUAUCCGAAAGUUACCGACCGGUCUGGUUGGUAUACGUAUGUUACAGGACGACCCGACCCUUUAUCAGUGGACAAGGGGAAGCUACCGUCUACCAUCCCUACUGAACCCACACCGAGCGACCCUAGCCUAGACUAUGCAAAUGACGAUUUUCCCACUGAGACGCUCCUCCCUCCGCUUUCUUCCUCCGCCCCUAUCCUUUCACACGGCACACCACCUGUCACUGCCCUCCUCCGCUCGCUGGAUCAGAAAUCUGUGCUCCAUCUACUGAUGUACUUCGCCCACUGGCUCAACACUUCAUUGCGUCCGCCAAGCUCAUCAAUCCCCCCUUACCCUACUACCCCUUUCGAACCGGCGCUCUCGCCCGUUUUCGGGCAAUGGAUAUUUGCUCUGCUCGGUCAUUUAGACGACCGUCUCAUGAGCGGGGAGGUGCAUACGCUUCGCACCCUGGCCCGCGCUUGCAAGGAGCUUCUCGUACGGAGCUGGGAGAUUGGGGAGGAAGUCGCAUUGGCUACGGGAGAAAAGAAGGACGUGAGGGAAGAGAGGCAGAGGGAAAGAGACGCGUGCUGGAUCAUUAUUGCCGCCGUCGCGGGCGUCUGGGGCCAGACCGACAUUUGGGAUGACGCGAAAGAUGCGAUGCUCGGAGCGCUCAGAGGAUAA